UCCAAACUCUAUUUCGUCCUCUUUCUCUUUAAUUCCUAGUUACCCACCUUCUUUCCAUUUUUCUGUUUUUCCCGGGAAUUGUUUGGUUGAAGAGAGGAAAUUAUGUUAAAGAAGAAUUUUUCAGAAAAUAGCAUAGGUUCUACUUUUUUUAUUUUAAUUUUAAUUUUUUUUUUCAAUUCUCUUUUGUUUUUUUAUCUUCCAUACAACCAAAUAAUCUCAUACUUUCACAUUUAUUAUAAUAUAAUAGUAAUAGUAACAAUUGAAAACAAAAAACUGCAUCUCUCUCUGAGAAGUCAGAAACCACAUCCCCUGUUGUCUUCUACUUAUUAUAUAUAUAGAAAAAAACUAAGCCAUUUCAGGCACCACACAACACAACUUCCUUGUGCAGCCACCAUUAUUGUUGUUAUUGGAGAUUUCAAUUCUUUGUCUUUCAAACUCCUCAAGUUGGGUUUAUGUGAUGAUGGCUCUCAACAUCUCUUCUCCAGCUGAAGUCAAGUCCAUUUUUUUCGCUGAUUCCUUCAAGUCUAACUGCCUCACAGCAAAAUUCUCAGGUGGGUUUGCUUUUAAGAGAAAAGAGCGUAGAGCAGCAUCUGGAGGACGGGUUUAUUGCUCAGUGCAGGCAACACCACCACCACCAGCCUGGCCGGGACGAGCGGUUCCGGAACAAGGUCGCAAGACUUGGGAUGGACCAAAACCCAUUUCAAUUGUGGGGAGUACUGGUUCAAUUGGAACUCAGACACUAGAUAUUGUGGCAGAGAAUCCAGAUAAGUUUAAAGUUGUGGCACUUGCAGCUGGUUCAAAUGUUACUCUUCUUGCAGACCAGGUAAAAAGAUUUAAGCCUCAACUUGUUGCUGUUAGAAAUGAGUCCCUAAUUGCUGAACUUGAAGAGGCCUUGCAUGAUGUUGAAGAAAAACCUGAGAUCAUCCCUGGAGAGCAGGGAAUCAUUGAGGUUGCUCGUCACCCAGAUGCAGUUAGUGUAGUCACAGGAAUAGUAGGCUGUGCAGGACUGAAGCCAACAGUUGCAGCGAUAGAAGCAGGGAAAGACAUAGCUUUGGCCAACAAAGAGACAUUGAUUGCUGGAGGUCCUUUUGUUCUUCCUCUUGCUCAGAAGCAUAAUGUAAAAAUACUUCCAGCUGAUUCAGAACAUUCUGCCAUCUUUCAGUGUAUCCAGGGGUUGCCAGAGGGUGCACUUAGGAGAGUUAUUUUAACUGCAUCUGGAGGUGCUUUCAGGGAUUGGCCAGUUGAUAAACUGAAAGAUGUUAAAGUUGCUGAUGCAUUAAAACAUCCUAACUGGAAUAUGGGGAAAAAGAUAACUGUGGACUCUGCUACCCUUUUUAAUAAGGGUCUAGAAGUAAUUGAAGCACAUUACUUGUUUGGAGCUGACUACGAUCAUAUUGAGAUUGUCAUUCAUCCACAAUCAAUCAUACAUUCAAUGAUUGAAACACAGGAUUCAUCUGUUCUUGCACAAUUGGGGUGGCCUGAUAUGCGUUUGCCAAUCCUCUAUACAUUAUCAUGGCCUGACAGGAUUUAUUGUUCUGAAGUCACUUGGCCACGCCUUGAUCUUUGCAAGCUUGGUUCACUUACAUUUAAAACUCCAGAUAAUGUAAAGUAUCCAUCCAUGAAUCUUGCAUUUUCUGCUGGCCGUGCUGGAGGCACAAUGACAGGAGUUCUUAGUGCAGCAAAUGAAAAAGCUGUAGAGAUGUUUAUUGAUGAAAAGAUUAGCUAUUUGGAUAUAUUCAAAGUUGUGGAGCUAACAUGUGAGAAGCAUCAAAAUGAAUUGGUAUCCUCUCCUUCCCUUGAGGAAAUUAUUCACUAUGACCUGUGGGCGCGAAAAUAUGCUGCUAGUCUGCAAGACUCUUCCAGCUUCACUCCUAUUCUUGCAUGAGGAUGAUUAAACUAGGGAUGUGGCUGAUGCUUCCCAAUUGCCUGCUUUCACCAUAAUUUCUUCGGGCAUUGAACAAUGUAGAAUGGUGCAUUCCACAGAUGUUGAAAAUUAAAUAGGUUUUUUGUUUAUGGAAUGUUGGUGUUUUAACACCUUUCAAUUGAUCUUAUAGUUUUGUCGUAAUUUCAUGGAAAACGAUGUCUUUUUAAUAGUCAAUAGGAGCCUAGGAGGUUGGUUGGUUGCCUAUGAAUGUGUCAAAGUCAAGAAGGGGAAUGGAUUUUCUCAUAUUCAAAAUUUACAUGAUGUGGUCAACUAGAAGUUUUGUAUUUCUCUUUUUCUAAUAGAAUUAAAUAGGUGGAGUCUUACAAAAAUUAACAGAGAUAGACACAAAAGUUGACCAAUCACCAAUCACUUUCAUAAAAGGAUUCCUUUUCUUUUUCCUCAGCACACAUUCGUUGGCUGAUAUUAUUAUAUGAAAUUGGUAUUAUUUGGAUA